CAAUAAAUAAUGUUUGGGUAAUGUAAACAUGGAUUGGGUUGCAUAAUAAUCAUGGCCAAUACUGAUAAUGACCAUCACAUGAUUAUACACUGUGCACGAGUAUGCCACUAGGACAUCUAAAGUUGACUCAUUGAGUGCUAAAAGCUGGACUCCGGAUUCACGGUGAACUAGCUAUACUGAGCUCAACUUUAUAAAGAAGCACACGUCUCCUGAAUAGCUGGUGUUUACGAUGGCCUGCCUGUCCGCUAUCAUCAAGUGGGUGCUGCCGAUUUUGGUAGCGUUGUACGGGGUUUAUUAUUGGCAGUUUAUUGCUAGUAGACGGUAUUUCACCAGCGAUGUGGUACUCGACGGGAAGACGGUGAUCGUAACAGGAGCCAACUCUGGUAUCGGUCGGGUGACGGCAUUGGACUUGGCCAAGCGAGGAGCUCGGGUCAUCCUCGCCUGUCGCAAUCUACAGAAGGCUGAAGACGUAGCGAAGGAUAUCAAGAGUAGUACGGGUAACUCGGAGGUUGUGGUCCGUCAUCUCGAUUUGUCCAGCUUGCAGUCGGUCAGAGAGUUCGCCCAACAGAUCAUUGAAACAGAAGACAGGCUAGAUAUACUAAUUAAUAAUGCAGGUGUUGCUGCUGCUGCCAUGAAAGCAGGCGCUGUUACCAAGGACAAUUUUGAUUUUGUCUUCGGCACCAACCACUUCGGUCACUUUCUCCUCACAAAUCUCCUCCUGGACUUACUGAAGAAAAGCGCCCUCAAGCGGGUCGUUACUGUAUCAUCCCUAGCUCAUGAACGCGCCCCACAGCCGAACAUGACCCGAGAAGACCCGAGUGUAGCGAACUUCCUGUAUCCACAUCUUGAGAAUUACCCACUUAGCAAACUCGCGAAUGUCCUCUUUGCCAGAGAGUUGGCGAGACGAGAGAAGGCUAGCGGGCUGAUUUCCACCUCUCUCCAUCCAGGGGCAAUUUUUACCCCGAUUUGGAAAACAAUUGUGGACCACAGAUCGCCUAUACGGGGCGUAAUGUACUAUAUGUUUUCUCCAUUAAUGUGGAUGCUAUUUAUCGACGAGACGGCUGGAGCGCAGACUACGCUCCAUUGCGCUCUGGACGAAUCGGUGGCUGAAUUCUCCGGGAAGUACUUUGAUAACUGCGCGGAGUAUGAACCAUCGACAUUCGCUCAAGACGACGAGCUCGCCAAGGAGUUAUGGACAGUCAGUUGUGAGGCUACUGGUCUAAAAUGUUGA